AUCACCAGUCUGUCUGUAGCGAUACCAGAGCUUUUAUCUUUUUUAAAAACAUGCGACAAGUUAGGCAGAUGUAGGCGUUGUCGGAACUUUGUUAAAAAUCUUUUUGCCCCCACCAUGCCAACGUCGCCACUCCGUCCGGGCUCGUCAGGUGAUCGCGUCUCCGAUGAAGAUCCCCAGACGUUAGAAGCGAUUGAGGCUGCCAUCCAGCAGCUCGAAGCAGCUACCGUCGAUGCGUCGCGGACGCCUACGACGACCCAGCCGGCAUUCCAGGCGGUGCACCUCGACCGACUGGCCGAUUUAUACUUCUCUAAGCACGAAAUAACAGGGAGUGACCAAGACCUGCAGCGCGCGAACUCCCGCAGCAGAGACGCUUGCGUUUCGGGGGCGCGCGCUAGCUUCCAGCAACCUCCUGGGCACUCGAGGGCCGCACAGUGGCAUGCUCUCCAGGGCAGCCGCCUGACGCUCCGGUAUGAGAGAUUCGGCGAUCGCAAGGACUUGGACGACGCAAUUGAUGUCUAUGGCGAGGCGUUGCGCAGCUUGACCGAGGAGUCCGGGCUUCAGGCCGUCAUCCUGAUGAACCAAGCGAAUGCGCUCUGCACGCGGUACGAAGCCGACGGGGCAACAGAAGACAUCGAGGCCGCGAUCCAGAAAGCACAGAGCUCGCUAGCAGCUAGUGGCAGCAAUGCUGCCACCGUGCAGAACGACCUCUCCACAAUGUACCUGUCCAUGUACGAAAAAGAGGGCGAGGUGGAGCAUCUCGAGCAAGCCGUCUCCUUUGCGAAAGAAGCCGUCGACAAGACCGAUGCCGGGGAUGCUCGGUUGCCCACUCGCCUGCUGAACCUCGCGAGCUGCUUGAGAGCGCUCUACGACCAGAACGAGCAGUUUCUGCAUAUCGAGGAGACCGUCAUCACGUUGCAGAAGGCGGAGCAGGCGGGCAGGGGCGACGGCAGCUCGUUUCUACCACAUAUCCUAUCUCGUCUGGCACACGCGCUAUAUGUGCGGUACACGCGCGCCAAAGAGUCGGCGGACUUGUUCGAGGCGAUGGCGAAGGGGGAGGAGGCGUUGGAGCUAGCGACCGGGGUGUCGGAGAGCAGUUUUCAUCCAGAAGUGCGGCGGCACUUGACAACGCUGCUUAGAACAUGUAGAGAAGAAGCGAGGGAGUAUGGGGAUACGGAUGAUGGAGGCCGAGAGGCAGUUGUCGGGACGGGUGCGUGAAGUCGCUGAAGAAGUUUGGUGCACUUCAAAGCCGACGUUACGAACUUAACGGAACCGGAAACGAGAGGGUGGUUGAAAUUGCACAGCGCGUUGAUGAAGCAGCCAUGGUGAUGCGCGCUGGCGCUUGUUUGGAUCGCGAGAGGCUGCGGUGUUGUUCGGAGGUAAGGGAGGGAGGGAUGGAGGAAGAGGUAUGGGAGGACUUCGGGACGACGAUCGAAGCUGCAAUAUCGAAGUCAGAGACGCUGC